AUCGCGCCAUGGCGGCCACGCCCGACGACGACCAGGUUGACGACGACGAGUACUACGAGUACAACCCGCACCCCUACGGCGGCGGCUACGACAUCUCCGCCACCUACGGCGCCCCCAUCCCGCCCUCCCCCUCCACCUGCUACCCCGCCUCCCCUGCUUACGCCCCCGCCGCCUCCCCACCGCGCUACGCUCCGCCGCCUCCUGCACCCGCUCCUGUUCCGCGGGCGCCAUCUUCGCCCGCGAAGCCUCGGCCGGUUUCGCCAGAACCUGCAACGAAACCGCCCCCUUCGCCGGCGCCCGUCGCGCAGCCCUUCUACUGGCCGAAGCCGCACGACUACGGGGACGACCCACACGCGCCGCGGCACCCCACGUACCCCACGCCGGAGGUGUUCCGGGGCUGGCCGUACCUGCCGCCGCCGCCGCCACAUUGCUGCCGCACCCACACGCACGCGCGGUGCCGGUACGGGCCGCGGGACUACUGGCGGCAGUGCAUGCGCGGGCUCGACUUCCUCUUCGGCCACGCCGACGGCUACGGCGAGCGCCGGAUCGGGGCGGACUGCCACGGCGUCCCCGUCUACGCCAACAGGAAGGGCGGGGUGGAGGACGCCGUGGUCGUCGAGGUGCCGCCGCCGGAGAUUGGGAACGUGCAGUGGCAUGAUGCCGGCGAGGUGCCGGAAAUUGGGAGCCUGUUAUCUUGGUACGAUACUGCGAAGGACGAUACGUAUGCAUAUGCCAAUUCAACCUACGGCUCAUAUGACUCUGCCUACCAACAAUCUUACACUCAACCUUACAGUGUUGAUGUUGCUUCGGAUCAACCUACUUCAUGGUUUCCCAAUCAGAGCUACCAGGAUGUUUACAAACAGGAGGAAUCUCAGUAUCAGGAGGUUCCGUCUACUUAUGGUGCAGAAAACAUUUUUUCAUCUCAACCUAUUUAUUGUUACAACCAACACUUCAGCGAGCAGCCACUGCAUGUUCAGGUUGAACCUCCAGAAACAGUUUAUUAUCACAAGGCGGAGUACCACGAGAAUUUCUCAUCAUAUACCAACCAAACCAAUAUUGAUAAUUUGGAGAUGUCGACACAGUCACGUGAGAUACAGCCCUAUGCAGACGCUCCACUCGAACCUUACCAACCUUCUUGGUUGAUGAAUUCGGGGUACUAUCAGGCCAGCACAGGAGAGGUAGCUCCUGAAUAUAACAAUGAUCAUUUACAAUCUGGUGAAUAUGGAGAUAUGGCAAACUUAUUUUCGUCUUCCUCAUAUCCUCAACAAGUAGAAGUUUAUGAGCAGUCUUAUGGUGAUGAGUAUAUCUCCUCGGAGCAAAAUUUUCAGAACAGCUGGAAUGUGUUUUCUGAAGAUAACUCUGAAAUCACCAAAUCGGGUGGGGAUUUCAACCAUCUGAAUGGCUCCUUCUGGCCCUUUGGAGGAUACUGAACAUAUAUACGGAGUACUUUAUAGUCUGCAAGGUUGUAUUUUGA